UGUACAUUGUACAACGGCAGUUUGGGUUCGAAGACAUCCAAUAACCCAGGUUUUCUCAUUUCAAACUGGAUUUUUAACGAGAAGUCCGUUGGUUACAUCAUCCUGUUUCUCUCAGAUCAUUCACCAAGAAUCUUGUACUGAGCCAACAUCUCCACAAAAUGUACAAACAUUAUAUUCUCACAACGAUUUUUCUGAUGAUCCUUCCACGGUUAUCAAUAUUAAAAAGUAUCCCGAGGGAUGAAGAACAAAACGAAGGGUUCAAUUACACUGUAUACGAUGAAAUUUAUGAUCAGAAACAGAAUGGGUCUUACAAUGUUAGAGUUGGCAUCGAUGGUGUCAAUGUUUUGUGGCAGCCAAGUUCAGACCUCUCCUACGACUUGAUGGAUGCUAUUAUGGAAACAGCUUUGAUCGGUCUUGUGGAAAAUCUACCUUGGCCAAGCACCACGGAUUCGACAGAUACCCUUGAGGAUUUUUUCAACUCCACGACUUCUAUAGAAUCGAACAGAAAGAACAGUCAAAAAGUGGUGCAGAAGAAAACGAAUCUAACAUCGGAACCUACUAAAUCGAAGGAUUCAAGAAGUUUGGCAGAUGAUGUUAAUUAACGUGAUAAUAUUUAAUGUUAUA